CGUCGUCGUCGUCGUCGUCGUCGUCGUCGUCGUCGUCGUACGUCGAGGAGAAACAAGGUUGCAGCCUGGCAGCGCUGGACAGUGCCCGAGGAAUAUGAAGAGAAGAAAUGCUGAGUGCGGCAAGCUCCGGAGGCCCUUGAAACGAAACAAAAUCACCGAAGGAAUCUAUGGCAGUACAAUAUUAUAUCUAAAGUUUCUUCUACUAUGGGCCCUGGUGAUCUUAGCAGACUUCAUUUUAGAAUUCCGUUUUGAAUUUCUAUGGCCAUUUUGGCUAUUACUUCGAAGCGUUUACGAUUCUUUUAAGUAUCAAGGUUUGGCUUUCUCUGUAUUUUUUAUUUGUAUUGCACUUACGUCGGACAUGAUUUGUUUUUUCUUCAUUCCUGUGCACUGGCUGUUCUUUGCAGCCAGUACGUACGUUUGGGUGCAGUAUGUAUGGCAUACGGAUAAAGGUGUGUGCUUGCCAACUGUGAUGUUGUGGCUACUGUUUCUCUAUAUAGAAGCAGCUGUGCGAUUAAGAGAUCUGCGUCAUAUGCCAUUUCAUUUAGAUCUGUGUAGGCCAUUUGCAGCCCAUUGCAUCGGCUAUCCGGUAGUAACGUUGGGAUUUGGUUUCAAAAGUUACGUUGGCUAUAGAAUGAGACAGAGGAAGCAAAAAGAUGUAGCUAAAGAGAAUGAAUUCUACUUACAAUUACUGCAGCAAGCGUUGCCUGUGGAACAGCAGGCGACCAAUUUGCAGCAACAAAUGCAGUCUCAUGCGCAGUUGCAAGUACCAAUAUCUACUGUGUCGGUGGAACAAAAUGUUAAGCCCCAUAGGCCAAAUUCGCAAUACAAUCCAAGUCCAGAGAAAAGUAGAGGAAUUGGCAAUGCCUCUGUAGAUACAAGUAUACAAAAUGGAGGAGUUCACAAUAAUACACAAAUAACGUCACAAGCACAUAGUGCGAUAAAAAAUAAUCAGAGGAAAUCUCUCGAUAAAGGGGAGAAACUGGAGGACCAACACAAUAAGCAUAAUACCGAAAAAUUGUCACAAUCUGAGAAAAAUGACAAAAAGUAUGCACACACAAAUGGUAUUACUGUAUCUUCCACGGAAUUACAAUAUAUAGAGAGGAUUAGUUCUGUAAAUGAUUUUGACAUUAAUGAAAUAGAAAAAGACAAAUCGGUUAAGGGUUCUGGACAUAAUUCUGUUAAAACUCAAUCUAAUGGUUCGGCGACUAGCAAGUGGAAUAAUGUCAAAGAAAGUAAAGACACGUCAAAUAAUACGAAUAAUCAGCGAGAGAGAAAAGGACGGCAGGCAAAGGUACCGACUGAAACAAUAAACGAGCAACAGAAGCAACAGGAUGAAUAUUGUCAGAGGUUACUCGUUUGUCGUAGGCUCGAAGCAGAUAUUAAGCGAUUAAAAUCGGACUUGCAAUCAAGUCGACAGGUCGAACAAGAAUUACGAUCUCAAGUUAAUACGUUGUUAAGUGUUGAGCGACAAGCCAAAGGUGAUAUUCAGCAACUUCAACAUGACAAUGAUCAGUUGCAAAGCAAAGUACAUGGAUUGGUAAGCGCCCGACAACUGGACAAGCAGACAAUGACCUCCCUGGAACGACGGAUAGCCGACGAGAGAAGACAGCGCACAGCCUGCGAAGCUUCGCUGGCGUCCGAAAGAAGAGCGCGACGUGCUGCUGAGGAGGCACGUUCCGCGAUUCCACCCUCGCCACCAACCCUCGUCCGCCAGGAAUGCACGGACGCGUGUAAGACUCGAAGAGCUCAAAUGGAACAAGAUCUCAAAAGCUUACGCCGAGAACUGAAAACGAAAGAAGAUAGGUGCAUGGCUUAUGAGAAAGAAGCGACUCGUUGUAAAGAAAAUCACAGUGAACCUGAAAUUAUACUCGGAGCACUGAAUGCACUUCAAGACAAAAAUACUCAUUUGGAGAACAGUUUAAGUGCAGAAACUCGAAUUAAACUGGAUCUCUUCUCAGCUCUUGGCGAAGCCAAGCGCCAGCUAGAAAUUAAGGAGAGUCUCAUUCGAUCGCAAGAGAAAGAGAUUGACAUUUUAAAGGCUAAAAUAGCACAAGACUUAGCUGUUAUGCCACAAGAUACGUUUGGUCCAACUCCUACGUGUUCAACGUCAAAGCUUCGUUUGGGCAAUGACGUACGUAUGGGGAAUUCAAAAAUUCGUGCGAAUGAAAGUCCUUGCCCAGGCUGUACUGUAUCGAAUUUGGAUCCCAACGCAACAGCAUAUACACCUAAAGGAUCAUUGGUAGCAUCUACCGAAGCUUGAAAACCACGUUUCUAAUAUUGUACAACAAAUUCAGAAGCGAGGUUUUACAAAAUAAGAGAAUGAAAUCGCAUCAUACAUCCGCACGCGCGUACCGUUUUGAUAAUGAAAUAGGCAGAAACAGACUUAUUUUUCUAUUUUCUAAAUAUUCAUGCGAUCCGAUG